GUUGCACUUAAAUCCCCCUUUGGAGGCAAAGCUGCUGUUGAGAUUAGUGUAACUACCGGCGUCUCUCCACGGACAAUUGACUCUAUCUACCAGAGAGCAUGUCAGAGAGGAUUUGACCCACACGCCGCUGCUCUUGAGCUCCUCCCAAAGUAUCUUGAAGACGCCCCUCGUACAGGGCGCCCACGCAAGCAAGAACGGAUACAAGAGGAGAUUAUACAGAAGGUUCGGCGUAAUAGAUAUGGACGCGAGAAGAGCUGUGCUGACAUAGCUGCAGAGCUUUGUCAGUUAGGCCAUCAAGUCUCUCCAAAUCCUGUCUGGCGGAUACUUAAAGCUUCUGGAUAUAAGAAGACUUAG